AUGAUCCCUCGGUGGUUGCUGCUUGUGGCCUGUUUGUUGCUGGCUUGGUCCGCACAACCGGCCACAGCCAAGGAGGACAAACCCAAGCUCUCGUCCGAAGUCCUCGACCAUGCGCCCUACGAUCUGUUCUAUUUCAAAGGCACGGAAACCGUUCUCUACCGUGACCCGAAGAAGCACACUGCUCAUGUUUCGUUUGAUGGAGGCUUGAAAUGGGAACCUAUCAAGGGUCCCGAUGGGAAGAUGGAGGGCACGGCUGCCGUCAUCUGGCCGCACCCGUACGAUUCGAAGCGCGCCUAUGUGCUUGGUGAAAAGGGCCAGCAUUGGGUCACGACCGAUCAGGCUGAGACUUGGGAGUCCUUUGAGAUCGCAGCUCGGCCUAUGAUGACCGAACGCGGGACCCCUCCGCUUGCUUUUAACGGCUGGCACCCCGAGAAGGUCAUCUUCAUGGGUCUGGAUUGCUCUGGUAUCAUCGGGUGCAUGCCGAAGGCGUGGUAUACCACGGAUGACUUUAAGACUUGGAAUCCACUGCAGGAGAUGUUCUACUCGUGUAUGUGGGCGGCGGGCACUCCGCAGUUUGGAUUCGACCUUGAUCUGUCCAAGGAACUCGGAGACCGCGUUCUUUGCGUGGUGCCCGGAUUGAAGGGCACCAUGCAUUCUGAACGUCUGAUUUUCUCGGAUGAUUAUUUCCAGGAUGGUAUAGAUGGUACCGAAGUUAAUCUUGACCGUGGACGGCCCGUUACCGGUAGCCAGAUCAUUGCGCGCUCCGUGAAGAAGUAUCUGGUGGUUGGUUUACAGUCGCAAGGCACCACCGAACAAGCUCUUUAUAUCAGCGAUGACUCGAAGGAAUGGCACCGUGCUGAGUUCCGUGGACAUCGGAUCGAGCAGGACGCGUACACCGUUUUGGAAAGCACCAACUACAGCAUCCAGGUGGAUGUGCAAACGACAUGGCAUAAGAAUAGCGUGGGCGUGCUCUUCUCGUCCAACUCCAACGGAACCUACUUCACCCCUAAUAUCGAACAUACCAACAGAGACGCCAACGGUUUCGUUGACUUCGAAAAGGUCGCCGAUAUCCAGGGCAUUGUGAUUGUGAACACGGUCAAGAAUUGGGAGGAGGUUGAGGAGUCCGACAAGGCAGACAAGAAGCUCGUCAGUGGCAUCAGUUUUGAUGAUGGCAGAACGUUCCAGCCUCUCAAAGCUGAUGGUGAUGACCUUCACCUUCACUCAAUGACCUCCUACGAUACAAUGCACGAGCUUCCUAUCGGCCGCAUGUUCUCCAGUCCCGCGCCGGGUAUCGUGAUGGGUGUGGGUAACACUGGCGGUCACCUGAAGAAGUAUUCCGAUGGUGACCUCUACGUCUCCGACGACGCGGGUCUCACCUGGCGUCGCGCGCUCAAGGGCCCUCACCACUUCAAGUUCGGUGACCAAGGCGGUGUCAUCGUGGCCAUCGCCGAUGACGGCAAGACUGAUAAGGUUCAAUACUCUCUCAACCACGGCAAGGACUGGGAAGAUUCUAUCAAGCUGGAGCACAAGAUCAAACCGCUUUAUAUCAUUACCACCCCCGAGGCAACUAGCCUGAAGUUCUUGGUUGUUGGCGAAUCCAGCGAAAAGGAGGGCUUCGUCAUCUAUACCAUUGACUUCGAUGGACUCCACGAGCGCAAGUGUACCAAGGACGACCUCGAGCCCUGGUGGGCCCUCCUCGACGAGGAUCGUAAACCGAAAUGUCUGAUGGGUCACAAGCAAAAGUUCAUGCGCCGCAAGGCUGACGCGGAAUGCUUCAUCAUGGAGGACAAGUUGGAUCCGCCUAUCUUUGAACCGUGCGACUGUACCAAGGAUGACUUUGAGUGCGACUACAACUUUAAGCGCAACGAAGAGAACGAGUGCGUGCCGGCCGUACCUCUGACUCCCCCUGCGGGUAAAUGUAAAGAUAAGAGCGACAAGUAUAAGGGUCCGUCUGGCUGGCGACUCAUUCCGGGAAAUACCUGUCGCCGCACGGAUGGCAAGAACUACGAUGAAGAGAUUGAACGCUCAUGUGACGAUACCACUGGCUCUCCUGGUGGAGGCAUCGGUGGUGGCGAUGGCAAGGUUCAUGCCGGAAAGGCACACGAAUUCGCGGGCGCCGACCUGGAGUACUUCUACUUGGAGCGUCAGACAAGUAACUCGGGAGAUGACGAGACCAUCUUCUUGCUCUCUAGUAAGAAUGAGGUGUUUGUCACGCACGACCACGCCAAGACUUGGGACCAGCCCAAGGAGUUGAAGGGCGAGCAGAUCGUGGGCAUGGUCCAGCACCCUUACUAUAGUGAUGGUGCUUACUUCUUGACUGCUGGAGACACCGCAUACUCGACAAUCAAUCGCGGCGAUACCUUCAAGAAGUUCAAGCUGCCCACUUCUUUGGCGAACCGGGAGAAGAACGACCCGAACCCAUUGGCCUUCCAUGAGAAAUACAUGGACUGGAUGAUCUGGAUGGGUAAUGAUGAAUGCAAAGGCAGCGACUGCGUCCCCGAUGCGUACUUCUCCAAGAACCGCGGUGCGGACUGGGAAGGCCCUGACCUGCGUGGUGUUGGUCAGUGUGUCUUUGCCUACCACAAUGGCCGCGAGGAUAGUGAAAAUCUUGUCAUCUGCGAGCAGUAUGAGAAGGAGAGCAAGAAGUACAACCGCCAGCUCGUGUCCAGCGACUCCAAGGAUAACCGGUUCGGGGACCGCAAGGUUAUCAACGACAACAUCGCUCACUUUGUCACUAUGAACGAUUACAUUGUCGUGGCGACCUUCCCGACUGAGAAGCACAAGUAUCUGAAUGUGAGCACCAGCAUGGAUGGCCGUGUCUUUGCUCAGGCCAAUUUCCCCAUCAAUGUCGAUGUUCAGCAAUACACUGUGCUUCCCGGUUCCACCGAUGCGUUGUUCCUGUUCGUGCAGAUUAGCGCUGAACAAGGCCACGGUUAUGGCCAGCUGGUCAAGAGUAACAGCAACGGCACCUAUUUCGUCUCGAGUCUGUCGGCCGUGAAUGUGGAUGAUCGUGGCUACGUUGACUUUGAGAAAGUUGCCAAUCUUGAGGGUGUCGCUCUAGCGAAUAUUGUUGCGAAUGUCGAUGAUGUCAAGAACAAGGGCUCUAGCAAGAAGCUACGCUCUGUGAUUACGCAUAAUGAUGGUGGUCAAUGGGCUUUGCUUCCUCCUCCCACGCGGGACGUCGAGGGCAAGAAGUUCGGUUGCUCUGUGACUGAGGGCAAGGGCACCGAGGCAUGUGCACUACACCUCCACAGUUACACGGAGCGUCGUGACUGGCGGGAUACUUUCUACUCCGGCUCUGCUAUCGGUGUUCUCAUCGGUGUGGGCAACGUCGGUGAAUAUCUAACGAGUGCUGACAGCGAGGAUGUCGGUACUUUCCUGAGCAAUGACGGCGGCAUCACCUGGAAUCAAGUCAAGAAAGGCCGUUACAUGUUUGAAUUUGGUGACUCUGGAUCCGUCAUCGCGCUCGUGCGCGAGUUGGAGCCCACCCAGUCUGUCUUUUAUAGUCUUGACGAGGGCAAGUCCUGGUCAGAGUUCCAGUUCGCCGACACCGAGGUGAUUGUGCUGGACAUCUCGACCGUUCCCUCGGAUACCUCCAAGAGCUUUGUCCUGUGGGUUCGGGAGCCCAAGUCCUCCAAUCGCUUUGCCACCAUCCCCGUCGACUUUAGCGGUAUUUGGGAUCGCGAGUGUGCGCCGCCUGAUGGCAAGGAGCCUAGCGAUGAUUACUACCUCUGGACUCCCAAGCACCCGAUGCAGGAUGAUAAUUGUCUCUUCGGCCAUGUGGAACAAUACCACCGUAAGCGGCCCGACAGGGAGUGCUGGGUGAAUUGGCGCGAUCCACAUGUGCAUCGGGUAGACAGCUCGAACUGCACCUGUACCCGUGCUGACUUUGAAUGUGACUACAACUACGAGAUUCAAAGUGACGGUAGCUGUGGUCUCAUACCUGGUUUCCAACCACCCGACCACAGCCUCUCAUGCAAGGACGACCCCGACCAGGUCGAGUACUGGGAACCCACCGGCUACCGCCGUCUUCCUCAGACAACCUGUCAAAGUGGCUAUGAGCUCGACAAGCUACAGCCACACGCAUGUCCCAACAAAGAGAAGGAGUUUGAGCGCAAGCACGGCAUCAGCGGCGUCGGUCUCUUCUUCGCCAUCGUCAUUCCGAUUGCUGCCGCCGCGGCCUUUGGCUACUUCGUUUAUACUCACUGGGACGGCAAGUUCGGCCAGAUUCGCCUUGGUGAGUCCGGCGGUGCGUCGAGCCAGGGCUGGUUCACUCGGGAUUCUCUUCUAGUCGCCAUUCCCGUCACGGUCAUUGCCGGCACCGUUGCCGUAGCUCAAGCACUUCCCAUGCUUGCCGUGAGUCUGUGGCGCAGUGUUAGCGGCUUCGUGCGCGCCCGUAGUCGCGGAUACCAGCGACCAUAUGCGACAAGGGGCUCCUUUGCCGCGCGCCGUGGUGAUUAUACACAUGUUGUGGAUGAUGAAGAUGAAUUGCUAGGUGCGGAUGAUCUCGACGAUGACGAGGAGGCGUAG